GAGACAAGGGAAAACGGGGUGUGCUCAGCUGUGUGAAAACAUUCUCCAUCAUGUACCCUCCCAUACCUUUCCCCACUUCGACUCUUUAAAAGCUGCUGCCAGUCGUGUCUGGCAGCCUCAUUAUCAUUUUGUCUUGGCUUGAGGGAAUUACUAUCCACCUUUUGACACACUGCAGUCAGUGGAUCUAAACUAAGAUUAAGUCCUCAGUCAACAAGUCAGUCAGUUGACUGUUAGCAUUUAUUAGUGGACGACUUUCAGAGUGAGAUGCUUCUGUAUUUAGACAUCCUGGUGCUGCUCCUCCUGCAGCCGGCUUUGUCGAGCUCAAUGGUGCCGACCACACCGUCCAGAGGAUGUCCCACUUGUAAAUCAAAGUCCACACAGAGUCAGCCGGCUGUAGAUUCAAAUUCCACCGCUCCGGCCGUUGGAGAACCAUGUGGGGUCUACACUCUGAGCUGCGCCCACGGUCUACGUUGUGCACCUUCAGAGGAUGAGCCGAGGCCCCUCCGUGCCCUUCUGGAAGGCAGGGGAGUCUGCAGUAACGCCAGCGGCGUCAGCCCGACUGAAAAUGUCCAGACUGUAGACCCAGCAACUACUGAGGAUCCAGACGAGGCUCCAUGUCGUAAACUGCUGACUUCACUUAUCAAAGGUCUUGAUGCCCAUUUAAUUAAGUCCCAUCAUGAUAUCUACAUGCCCAACUGUGACAAGCGUGGUUUCUUCCGAAAGAAGCAGUGUUGGUCGUCUCGAGGUAAGCGACGUGGCAAGUGCUGGUGUGUGGAUCAGAAGGGCAUGCCAGUCUCCUCAAACACUAAGCAGAGGGGAGGCCUGAGUUGUUAAAAUGCAUGAUGCCCGGACUGAAGCAGAGGAGGCUGAAGCUUCAUCACCGAUACGAGAUAAAGAUGAAGGAACACCAAUACAGAGUCUAACGGAGCUCAACACAGUCUCUCAUUUCAUGUUCCACCAGCCAGAAACAGCUUUCCACCAAUGAAAAGCUGUUUCCAAAUCAGGUGUAACUUUGUAUCCUUGCGCCCUCUACUGAACAUAUUGGGAGUGUAUUGAUUAGACAUUACUGUCAUAUCAACUGAUAUGAGAUGUCAAUGUACACUUUAUCAAAUGUGUAUUAACAGAUGACUUUUUCCAGACAAGUGUCACAUUGCAGCAUUAGUUGCAGAAACAGUUUGAGCUACACAUAUUCAAGUUGUUCAUCUUUAUGCUUCAACAUUUUAAUUCCAUUAAUAUUUCUAGCCAUCGACCAAGAUCUUAAACAAUAUCAUUUGGAUCAUUGUAUCAUAUUUAUACAUACAUUUUCAGUAUUUUUUUUUUAUGAUUGUAUUUCUGUAAUUGCUGUACAUACAUCUCUAGAUGUAAUCCUAUUUAUGUUACUUUGAAUAUGAUAUUUAUAUUAAUAGUAAUCUGAAUAAGUCAUUUAUCAGUGGUUGCCCAUUAGAGCGGACACCUGAGGAAUUAUUUUAAAAACCUAAUGCAGAAUUACAUGGGGGCAUUAUUGUAAUUGAUUACCUUUUUUGGCAUUCAUGAAGAAAAUGUACCUGGUUAAAACUGAGAAGGUUAAAACUGACACUGACGGGCAAUAUUGCAAACAUGCCCGCCAGAGGUAAUCCAUCAAGUCUUUAAAACCAGCGAAUCAUGAAUGAAGAAGAAGGAGAAGAAGAAGGAGAAGAAGAAGAAGAAGAAGAAGAAGAAGAAGAAGA